CAUCACCAUUCGCACAUCUCUCUCUCUCCCCCUCCAACAACACUGCACGUUCUAUAGUCUUGCUCUUUCGAGUGUCUUCUUUGCGAGAGAGAGAGAGAGACCGAAAAUGGCAUCAAGGACUCUUGCCACGACCGCCCUCCUCCUCUCCCUCAACCUCCUUUUCUUCACCAUGGUGAGCUCCACCUCCUGCCCCCCACCGCCGGCCAAGCACCACCCCAAACACCCGCCCACGCCGGCGAAGGCCACGUGCCCCAGGGACACCAUCAAGCUUGGGGUGUGCGCCAACGUGUUGAAGAACCUGCUGCACCUCGUGGUGGGCACCCCGCCAAAGACCCCUUGUUGCAGCCUCAUCAAUGGCUUGGCCGAUCUCGAAGCCGCGGUUUGCCUCUGCACUGCCAUCAAAGCCAACGUGCUUGGCCUCAACUUGAAUGUCCCGGUCUCGCUCAGCUUGCUCUUGAACUACUGUGGCAAGAAGGUCCCUUCUGGGUUCCAAUGUGCCUGAGCUAGGUCACAUGCUUGAGGAAUGUGUUCUGCAUCUCUCUUAGUUCUUGAUCUGAUGAUUAUGGUUUGUAUUUGUUGUUGAAAUUUGGGGUUUGUGCGUGUUUACAUUAUUCUGGAGGUAUUGGUUAUGUUGUUCCAAGCCAUGUACUAAAAAUCACGUGCAUGUCACAGGGUGGAGAGAUCAAGAAACAGAAUAAGUAUGUCGCUAACGACGUUGAUGUCUUUCUUUUAAGUCAUAUAAUGGAAGAAAACUCAUCUUCCUAUAUAAAUUGUCCUCGUUAUCUUCUGCUUUUUGUAGCCUCGUUUGUUUUAAGGAGAUUUUAUACCGUGUUAUAUAUGACACGGUUCA